CCGCACCGCACCGCGUCGCUCUCUCUCUCUCUGAUCUCUCUGUGUCUCUUGCUCGCUGUCUUCGGCCAAUAUCCCUCAUUUCCUCUAUCGCCACCGUCUUCAAAUUUCACUUCUGGAGGUUGUGAACCCAACCAACCGAAGCAGAAAUCACACAUAUUGUUUUCAAGGAUACACCAUUCGCACUUGGGUUGUAUCGGAGUUUUGUGGGUUGCGAGGUUUCGUUGUCGGAGUUGUGAAGUAGAAUUGGAGAGAUUCGUGGGGUUGUUGAGCGAGAGAGAGAGAGAGAGAGAGAGAGAGCAGAAUGGUGGUGUUUAAGAUGGACGUUUUGGCCGUCGGGCAGGUUGUUGGCACGGUGAGAGUCGGUGUGGAGAGUGCGUGUGGGAGGCGAGAAGCAGUGGCCGUUUGUUCGAAUGGGAAGAAGCCGCAGGGGCGUGUGAUCGUGAGCGCGGAACGGCUGAAGAAGUGGCCGUCUGUGCGUGUGGGCGCGCCGUCGUCGCUUGGAAGCCUUGGAGUGAGGUGCAGCGCCACCUCUGGGGGCGAUGACGAGCCCAAGAAGAGUUAUGACCUUAACGAAGUGAUCGAAAGAGUAACACACGAAGAGGAGAACCAACUACCGGAAGAGGAAAAGGACACGCCAGAACCGUUACCUGAGGGUGAACCCAGCCCAUUCUCUCCAGCAAUCGACACAGACGACACAGACGAUCAAGCAUUUCAAGGAGAAGGGGUUUCGAAGGACAGUUUGGUGAUGCCACCGAGAGCUGAUGCGACGCACGAGGGUGCAGCUUCUUCAUCAAUUGGAGAAGGCCUUGGAGUGAAUGAUAUAUCAGCAAUUCCAUCGACUCCAGUAGGCGGCAAUGCAAAGAGCCGGGAUUGGAGAGUUUACAUGUCAAACGGCGGAGAACCUGACAUGGAUUUGAGUCCAAGUUUGGAAAAAGCAAGCGACAUUGGGACACACUCAGAGCACCAGAAAGAGAUGUUUGGAUCCAGUGAAGCGACUUGCGAUGAAGAGAGCUCGUUCAUGGCAGAAGAAGGUAUCUUGGAACAGGAUGGAGGCAAUUCAGUGGACGAUUACAAGCUUCGGGCUCACAUUUUUGAGGAAAGCGCCGUUUUCUUCUCUGCUUUGAAGGAUCGAGGUACACAUAGUUACUGUAAUGCGGCAAAUUCCUUUACUACUUCCGACUUAGUUGAUUAGGCAAAGUUUUAGGGUUUUAUUUUUGUUUUUUGUGUUUUUCUUUUUUUUCUUCUCUGCCAUUACGCGUAGAAAGCACGUGGUCUGAGAUUAGGGUUUCCUUGUACAGCUAAAAUGAAGUUGAUACUUAGUCUUUGCAGUGAACACUCACUCUUCUUUCAAGAAACUUCACGUUAUUUUAUUUUAUUUUUCUGAGUCUUAUUCGCAUCU